ACACAUCCUACAAUGGAGCAUCUCUUUCAACCAUACACAGGGAAAAAACCCCUACAUAUGAUGUUUCUGGAAGAACAAACCCAUCAGGUGGACCAAAAACACCUGCUUUUCAGGUCUCCAGGGCUAAAACACCUGUUUUUGAAGUAUCAAAAGCAAAUCCACUGCUCUUUGCUACACCCUCAAGGGAUGUCCACAAUGCAGUUAAAAAAGAGGUUCAGGGACCCAAAUCAACUAUUGCCAUCAGAAGCGAAGCAUCUGCUAUACCCCCUAAUACUCUGAAACCCUCUGUACCAGAGAAAAUUAAUACAGCUCAAGUUCAAAAUGGGAUUGACUUGAAGGAACCUCACAAAGAAAUGAUUCAGGCAGCUAAAGUUAUCGCAGGGGCCCUGUCAAUGCCCAAAAUAACAUCAGACGUUUCUUUAAUGCGAACAAAACCUACAGAGGCCUCACAGCUAACUGCUAAAGCAAGUGUGGAGGCUGUCCCUGCCAUCAUCCCACAGGAGUAUCAAAUUCCCAAGGCUCAGACAUGUGAGACCGUUACACCAGCAACACCCCCAAAUGAAUUUAGCAUACCAAGGUCUGUGAGUCACAGCUCUCCAGUCCCUGCACCUCCUCCUCAGAGCUAUCAAACCCCCAUCACACCAGUGCACUGGUCACCAAGACCUCCCUCACGAUUACUUGGGAAUAAAAGACUGAAUGCAUCAACAAGUGAACUUUACAAACCUAGAGUGAAAUCAACAUAUUAUGGACUGACUCCUGUUGAGUAUGCUGCUUACGGGGGAAUCAAAACGUAUUAUGGUCCUCCUGGGAAUAAGACACAGUCAGGUGAUGCAGCCGAAAGCUGUCCAGAUGAUUUGUCAUUUUCAAAAACAGUCAACACAUCAUCACAGGAUACUAAUUCCUCAAGUGCUAUGGAUAAACCUGAGGAAAUAUCACAACAACCUGAAGGAGCUAAACAACUGCAAAGUGAAACUAAACUGAGCACCUCCAUGAUCCAUCUGUCCAUGUCUCAGAACUCUUCAGCAGUGACCACAUCAUCUGAUAACACACAGAAUCAGUCAAAAUCACCAGUAUCUGAGGAGAAAAAUCCUGAGGCAUCUGUAUUAGAUAACACUAAGGCUCCAACAGUGGAUGUAUCAAAACCAAAUGCAGCAGUAUUUUCCCAACAAAAUGACAUGACCCAAAGUCCAAGCAGAGAGGCAGUACUGGCUAGCUCAAAGGAUCCUGCUGAGCAAACAACUGAAACAGUAAUAGCAGAUGGGUAUAUACCCACUGUGAGAGAGGAUCUGAAGCCAUCUUCAGUGAAAGACUCAAGAACACUUACGACCUCAGUCCUAACCCAUGGACAAAGUAUGCCUAUUUACCCUUUGCCCAAAACACACAUUAACACUGAAAGUUCAAAUGCUGCAGAAAUGGCAACAAAACAAAUGGCUCAAUACAUGUCUCAAUCAGCUUUGCACGUUCAAGCAAAAACAUCCACCUCUACACAGCCAGUUAUGGUCAGCAAACCCUCAUUAAGUUCAAAUUUACAUCCUCACCCAAACAAUAGUACUUUUCCAAAUGUCCAGUCAGAUAUAUCCAAGAAGUUGGAAAACGCCAUUGAUACAAAUUCUCUUAGCAUGCUUGCUACCUCAAAUGCACCUAUUACAAAAACAUCAAUCUGUAAGUCAAGUGUUGAGACCUCAGUCUCUAAGUCUAUUACAGACAUUAAGUUAUCUACAGUAGAAACAAAAACUACAACCAAUUUAAAAUCUAUGAAUUCAGAACCACCCAAAACACUCCCUGGGGUCAUACCAUCUGUCAAAUUGGCAACAGAUUUUAAUUCUUCAAUUAUCCCCAAUAGUGAUAGUCAGCCAUCAAAACAGCUGACUGCCAGCAAUAAUUCCUCAAAUUUGUCAAAAGAUGUCAACCCCUCCAGUAAUCCCAGUGCAUCACCCUUACAGCCAGCUUUAAAACUAGAUAAUAAAGGGAGUGGACUUCCCGGCAUGGUCAAAACAGGAACUGAAAUGCUAACAGCUUCAGUCACUAAAACUGACACUUUAACAAAAUCGACUUAUUCCAGAGCACUAACAAAUACUUUUAGUGAUCUCACAACAGCUGUUAAACAAUCAGCUAACUCCACAACAACCACAGGUUCAACCCCAACCAUGGACAGGAGAACCUCAUCAACUCCAACCAUCGAUAGGAAAACUACUUCAACACCAAUCGUGGACAGGAGAACCUCUUCAACUCCAAUCAUGGAUAGGAGAACCUCUUCAACUCCAAUCAUAGACAAGAGAACCAUAUCAACUCCAAUCAUGGACAGAAGAACCCCCUCAACUCCAAUCAUGGACAGGAGAACAUCCUCAACUCCAAUCAUGGACUGGAGAACAUCCUCAACUCCAAUCAUGGAUAGAAGAACAUCCUCAACUCCAACCAUGGACAGGAGAACAUCCUCAACUCCAAUCAUGGACAGGAGAACAUCCUCAACUCCAAUCGUGGACAGGAGAACAUCCUCAACUCCAAUUGUGGACAGGAGAACCUCCUCAACUCCAACCAUGGACAGAAGAACUUUAACUACUCCAACUAUGGACAGAAGAACUUUAACUACUCCAACCAUGGACAGAAGAAAUUUAACUACAACUAUGGAACAGAGAAUUUCAACAACUCCAACCAUUGACAGAAGAUCUUACACAACACUAUCUGCAGAAAAUAAGCUUUACACAAAAUCCACCAUGGAUAUCAGGCAGUCCUUCAAAUCUGCCUCUGAGGUUAGAUCCUCUGGCAUGUUUACUGCAGACAGUAAACUAUCUGCCAAGUCCACCAUGGACAUAAGAGCCUCUGUGAUGACUGCUGACACACAAACGAUGAUCACAAGACCAUAUCUUGCACCUAAAUUAGAGAACAAAUCCAUAUUUGUGACUAGUCCUUUCCCAAAUUCUUCAGGAAAUAGUAAUGCCCGCCUUUCCACCAAGGAGCCCACAGCAUCCUUAAUUUCUUCAUUAGAGAAUAAACCUUUGCCAAAUCAGACUAUAGAUGGAAAUCCUACUACUGCCAGUAAGUCUGAUGUUACAGUCACAGACAUAUUUGAAAAAAACUUCAAUCCAUCAACCAAGUUUUCUUUGAGGCCUACAAAAGACAACAAACCUUUCAAACAAACAAGUACAAACCUUAUGCCACCUCACAAGAUCAAAAAUGACACAAAGAAUUCAACAGUUGCUACAUCUGAUUCAAAGUCCACUACAGACUCAAGAGUACCCACUAAAGUAAGUUUUGACUUACACCCAACUUCAACAGCACAAACUCCUACCACGGCACAAGCACAAUUAUCUAUCACAACAAUACAAACACAGGCUCCAGAUUCAAAGAGGACACAUCUUCCAGCAACAACAAUGCAAACACCAACAGUCAAAACAGCCCAAUCCCAAAUGCCACCCCCAAAAACUCAAACACAACCUCCAGUGACAACACAACCACAAGUUCCAACCACAGUCAGAACAGAAUCUUCAGCUUCAACAGCAGAAAUACAAGCUACAGUCACAACAAAUACUCAACCUCCAGCCACAACACAGUCUGAAGCUUCUGCCACAGCAACCCCAUCCACAGCACCACAAACACAACACUCCUUCACAGAGAAAACACAAACACAACCCUCCUCCACAGAGAAAACACAAACUCCAGCCACAGCAACUCAGACACAGUCUUCAGUGAAAGCAGCAACAACAGCGCCACAAGAUGAAUGUGGCGCUGCCAUCAAGGAUAAGGACAGAAUGUUAGACACCAACUCAACUGCAACUACAAACCAUGAAGAGUCUCCUUCCUCAACUACACCUCCAGCUACAGACAAAAAGGUGGAGGAGGUACAGAAUGCUGCCCCAAAGGCUGAAACUAAGGCCAAAGCAACUUUGAAACCAAAAGGAUUAAAAGCCAAGUUGAGUGGCUGGAAUAGACUGAAGAAGCACAUGGUCGUUGAACCUGAGGAACCAACGUUUCCUGAACCAGAGACCAAGGCGGCUGAAGAUGACAAAAAGAAGGGGGGUGAGGGUAAACAUGGAAAAGCUGCCGGGGCCAAAGAUAUACCCACAGGACAGGAGGUAGUUAGUGAGAAGGAAGCCCCCAGGGCUCUUAAGAUGUGGGAUGCAGUUCUCUUUCAAAUGUUCUCCACCAAAGACAACAUUUUGAAGCAGAUUAAUGUCGAUAAAAGCGAGGCAGAUGAUAAAACAACGUCAAAAGAAAACUCGAUUGACAUCCCUUCCUUUGUGUACCAUCUGCCUGUUCUGCUUUAUAGUCCACGUUUUGACGCUAGGAAACUAAGGGAGGCUGCUGAAAAGCCACUGAACAAAAUUGCUACGAUGUUUGAGAGGGGUCUACUACAGCGUAAAACUCAGGAGGAGGAGCCUAAGGACUUUAACAGAACGGCCAGAGGAUUUGGUCCGUCAAAGUCAAAGACAACUGAUGUCUGAUGAUGAAAAUGGGCUUUUAGAUGUUUAUUUUUUUUCACUUUCUAAAUGUAUCCAACUCUGAUCAGUUAACUGAAAAGACAAAAAAGUCAAGCUAUUAUUUCAGAAAGGAUUUGCUAGCAAUGCAUUUGCAAAUAUUACAUAAUAGCAUUUAGCAUAUACUUUAGUACAUGUUUGAGAAUGCUUUUGGUACAUGUUUUUAAACUGCUUUUAAGCAGAGCAUAAGUAGGGCAGAGUAUCUACCGUACUGUGCCCAGUGCUGCGGGUGUUUUUGUGUGAAAAUAGAGCUUGUACAUUCCUGGAUUGACAGUGCAGAAGGACAGCGUGAGAUGGACAAGUACAGCUGUGUAAGGCAGUGACUUCAUAGGCACAGUGGGAGGGGGUGGGUGGAGACCAGGCCUGGAAGGCUAUAUUUAAGAUAUGUAUAUUAAGUAUAACAGUAAAACCUGUUGGUUUUUCACGUUUCCUGAGAUACACAAUAAAAUCAUUGAUUAUAAAGGCUGUUGCAAUUGUACAACAUUAGAUAAUGACGUCAUCUAAGUAAAUAUGUUUUGACCAGGGAUCUGGUGGGGAUGUUUUAGAUUUGGAAUGGAGAGGGGUCAUAGAAUGUGACAGAGGAUUUAUUGGAUAACCAGCCAAUGUAGUUUGACAUGAGCAAGUAAAGUGGUUCAGGGACCAUUGAGGCCCCCGUACAUAGAUGGCAUUUUGUUGUUAGGUGAGGAUAGAAAUCCUGGAAUGUUCUGAGGGUACAGAAUGGUUUAGAUGUAUUUAGUGGAGUGCCUUAACACAGGUGCCUUCAACUUUAAAGCCUUUUCUAUGGCUUUAAAGACACUGCCUUACAAUGUUGUCCAUAUCCAUAACAGCAAUACAGUAUUUUUUUCAGUAAUUUUGGAUGAUCUAAAAGUUGGAUUUUUGAUUGUUUUCACCUGCAUGUUUAAUAUAUAUAGUCAAAUAAAGUGCAAAAGUUUUGUAUUUCAAUAUUUUAAGGAUUGUAUUUGCUUUUUGAUGGAUUGAUUAAAGCAAUUGUACCUACUUAUACGUAUAUAGCAUCACAUGUAUAUAUGGUUUUGUAGUUCAAGUGAAUUUUUAGAGCACUGAUUCCAAAUAAUUUCAUUUCAGAUUUCGAAAUGUUCAUAAAUAUUUAUAAAAGACAUUUUGUACUUUGUAAGUGUAUUCAGUGUAGUGUGUCCCACAGUGAUCAGACCUGUAGCCACAAACAUUUGCUCAGAAUUUAUCACCACACAUGUAGUAAGUUACCCCUAAUUUACGUAACAGGGGCUUUGACAGACAGGCAUGACCUGCACUAGGUACAAUACUGCUAAGGGUAUUAAUGGAGAACCACAACCCCACGACAGGCAUGUAUAAUUCUAGUUCCUGUAUCCUGACAGUAAAGAGGUCUUAUCCAAUGUGCUCCCUACAUCUGACUGCCCUCUCCUCACAAAGCCCCAGGGGAUUAGAGAUUCCCUCCGAUGCCCAACCCAGACAAGACCUUGGCAUGCCUUUUCCAUGUGAGAGAAGUACGUGAGGCUGUGACAGAUCUCUCCUGUUUAAUGUAAUGAUAAAUAGUCUGUGGUGUGAAGGUCAAAGUCAGCAUGGCACGACAACUGUCUGAUUUAUUCACAUUAGUUUGAAUUAGUUGAAAUUGGCUAGUCAAAUGACAUUAGAGAUAUUAUGUUUUUCAUGAAGCAGAAGAUGCUUUUGUUUACAACUAAAAUGGGAAGUGUUACAAAACAUUACAUUAAAUGUAAUUGAUAUUAAUAUAACAUUUGUUUGAAAAACACAUUAUGUAGUGUGAAGGUAUGUAAUGAGUGCAUUUAAUGUGCAGAUGUAUCAA